AUGCAAAUUCCCAAAGUACCUCCUCCACCAAUUGAGCUGUGCCCAUUUGGGGACCAACAUACUGCAGCGCUUCCUGAAGGGGAACAAGGCUGCGUGCUUUCUCGGGCGCAGAACUGUUUGCGGGUCCCGCUACAGCAUAUAAAGCACUUCGCUUCUCAGGGUGAUGUCGCUGCAAGUGAGACGUGCUGCGACACUUCGUCGAAAAACCCGGUUGUGGCGCAGCUGGUUACGGGGAUACGUGCGCAACCUCGGGGUGAUGGACUUUUAUCAUCUUGUCGCAGCGCAGCAGGACUGCACUUUUCUCGGGCACAACAUAGUUCGCUGGCUCUAAGCUGCAGUGGCCCUGGGGAAAGUUUGGCAGCAAGAGGACCAGCAGGAUCAUCAUCAGAAGCAGCAGCAGGAAGCAGCAACUGGGCAUUUAACAAAACAGACGGAGCCCCUACUGGAUCGCAAAGCCGCGUAGCAUUGAAACAAAACUCGAGCGAGCUAACGGGAAGCACUCAAAGAGAAGUCAGGGAAAUGCAACGUGAUUGCGGGUUUCCGCGUGUCGCUUUUUGUGAGCCAUUGCCGCCGGGAGGUCACCGAACCAACCAAAUGGGGGAUGCCCGAGCGGCCCCCUCCACCUUAAGACAAAACUGUCCAGCAUUUCUCGCGAGUAGUGGUGAAGACGGUCAGGCAGGCAUAGGAGGACCAGGGCCAUCACCUGCAGGAUCUGCAGUAUCAGCGGUUAGAGGAGGACUUCCAGCGAAUGCGCCACCUGCGGAGCGUCUACCAUCUAUUGGCGGAUCACGGGUGACCCGCAGUCAGACAGCAGCUGCUGCGCUGACCGAGGUGGUCCGAAUCGAAGAUUCUUCUGACGAAGAGGAAGGACGGGCGGUCGCUCACAAGCAGGACGUCAAUGCCUCUGAAGGGGAGACUCACGACAAUGCUCAGCCCACAACUAAAGCUGCGCAUGCAAGGAAUGUCUUCAGUUCCUUGUCUGGACUUCCCCGGGGUGCCAUGGAAGGUGGAACGGAAGCGGCGACUGCUUUUCUUAUAUUGGUGGCAGCACUGGUUUGGGCGGACGGGCACUGUUGUGUGCUUAGUGCCGAAGCCCUCAAUAGGGCUGCAGCAGAGUGUGCAAUGCUGAAGCCGCACCAGCAUUACCGGAGCAGCAAUGGAGGGGUAUCAGCUUCAACAGAUGAAGCCAACAGAAUAGCAGCGGAUAGACGUGAGGACACAGGGAAUGGGGUGCUGGUGUUGCAAGCAAGCCCUGAGGAGGGCGGCAUUUCGCUUGAUCUGUGGCAGCCGCUCCCAGAAUCGGCUCCGGCGGCUCCAGAAGCCGGGCAAAAGGUAUGUUCUGGGGCCUCGCAUGACAGGCCAGCUGAGUUGACUUCCAAUGACGGCCUAGUCGGCAUCCUUUGUUUUCACAAGAGCAUAAUUUCUCAUGUAAGGUGGAUACGCCUCGCCGCUGCAGCGGCUUUUCCAGACGUCCAGAAGUCAAAGCUGGGCGAAGAGAGAGGGAUAGAUGGCGACUACACUAGUUGCAGCAAAACAGUGCGUUGCUGCUGCUGCCGUGGGGGUAGUACAGGCCGCAGGAGCCUGCAUGCAAAGGACAAGGACAGGAAGCAUAAAAGAACACGCAUAACGAAGGCACAAGCUAAACAUGGAGAGGAACAAGCCGGCAUCAGUUUUCACCAUAGUAGCGACCGACGCAAUUUGCAGACCACUGUUGACAACAGCAGUUGCCAUCCAGAAAAGACUGUUCCACCAGUUCUCAAUCUAUUAGCCCUAAGUAGUGAUGUUGCUGCCGCGCCGUGCUCCCCGUCGGCAGAUGCAACGCAGCCCAUAAAUGCGCUGCCGCGUGAAGAUACUUUGACAGCUAGAAGUGAUUCGACUGAUGCGGAUGAGAAUGCAGGCCCCAAACCGACGAAAAAGAGGAGACCCAUCACAUGCAAUAAGAGCCUCUCAGAAGAGCCGAAGGAUUGGCAAGAGGCUCUGGGGAAACGGUGUUCAGGUUGCCACCACAGAAGACAAAGCAAGGGUCGCAGCACAAACAAGCCGGCAAGUUCUACUCAGAGUAAGCCGAGCCACAAGUGCAGACGGGAAAGAAAGGAACGGGAUUCUAGGGAGGAAGGGUCGCUUUGGCAGGGAAUUACUACUAGGGGUUGCUCCAGCCCUCUCCAGUCCACCGGAUCCUUUUUAAUGGAAAAGGAGCAUAUGCACUGGAUUCCUACCCCGCGCAAUGCCCUGAUUGUGACAGAUGGAAAGCCUUUGCUUCCGACGUGCGGCAUGGCGCCUUCAUUAACAUCCACCCAGUGCGACGCUAAGAGGGAUGAUGCAGCAAGUAGGGGCAAGAGGGACAGCAGCAGCAAUUGGCCCGGCAAUUCUGGCAGCGCGGAUGAUCAGGAUGUGGCGCGUGAGCAGUAUUUAGCCGAGAGACCCUCGAAAUUUGAAGAUAUUUUGGCACUGUGCCCUGGUGGAAGCAAAGAAAAGCAGCCAAGGCAGAGACGGGAGGCACGGGAACACCGAAAGGAAAUUCGACCCCCGGAUGCGCCUGCCCGUGAAUCGAAACUCCAUUGCGGCCACAAUCUUAGCUGUAGCAAAUGCCGAAAGGCCUCCGCCCGCCACUCCUCUUCACAGACAGACCAUACUGUUCCCGUCCUCUGCGUGGAGCUUCAGCAGUCUCAAGCAAACCGGUUACACUGCAGUGAUCUGCUUCAAAAGGUACUUGAGCAGGAAUGGAAGAACAGUAUGUGCUGCCACGCUUCAUCCCUUCAGGAGGGGCCUCACAGCACAGGAAAUCCACACGGCUCGCUGCGCAAGGCCGGUCCCCAGAACCCCGCAGCGCACACCAGAAAUUCCAGGCACGGCAGCUCACAUGCGCAAAGCGAAGUGAAUAGUAAGAGCAGAAAGAGUAGGGGGAACAGCGACAGUAGCAGCAGCACCAGCAGUCCCAGCAUCAAUAGGGACAGUUUUGGCGGCAGUCCCAGCAUUAGCAGCAGCUUCAACAGCAACAGCAACGGCGAAAUGGCUCAUGGGCAUUGCCAUGUCUCCAGGAAGUCUCUCACGGAAGGCGGGCACGGGGCUACUGACGGACCUCAGUCCCCCGGCACCGGCAAGCGCACCUCUAGGUCCAGAUCAUCCGCUCACAAACACGAACGCAGCAGCAGUUCACGACGACGCUGCAGGAGCAGCAGCAGCAGGCGGAAGAAAGCACGACCUGAAGUAUCAUCCACCUCAACUGUAGCAGCAAUGGUUGCUGGCUGCAGGAAGGCUUUGUGCCAAAGUCCAGUGAGGAAGUCGUUGCUGCAGCGCGAUAAUGGUGGCGAUGGCACUACUGGCAGUAGCCCCAAGCAGCUCACCCAGGAUAUAUCCAGGAACAUCGCAGGCUCUGUUGGAAGUUUCACCGACGGCGGCGCUCAUCAAAUGCUUAAUAAUAAGGAUGGCAGCAGUACAGAGGUCGUGCGAUCCGCACCAGCUGUGGGCCUCUCGAUGACAGGAGAGAAAGCCGCUCUCGCCAUCAAAGCAAUUGACGAAUCUUCUCCAAGGAUGCCGACGGGAGACCCUGGGAAAAGGGGCCCCUGGUUACUCCUCUGCAUUGGCCCUGCCUUGCACGUCGCUCCCUCAGAAAAAUACACCACGGCAGGAGGGGGAAACCAGAGUUGCUCACAGCUUGUUGAGGCAGAGAUGGUUGUGCACGAUGCAAGUUGUUCACCCCCUGGAGACCAGGGUAGCAGCAAAAGCGGGGCCAAGGAGGAGGAAGUUCCAGCUGGCUGCAAGAAGGACUUUUUGUCUCUCUUUGAGAUUCUGCGUCCAUCUGAUAUAGAAGCUGGAGCCAUUCUCGACCGAUUUCGGAUGGCAGGGGCAGCUGGUGAACCAGCGGAUGUAGCUGAUCUUGCUGCGUUCUUCAUAGGAUGCAUCACAGAGCAUAAAGAUGCGCCUGCAGAAAAUCAAGAGAACGGCAGUAAGCACCUGCCAGAAGUCGUAUCGCACGUUUCCAGGGUGUUGCGCAGAUUUUUAGUGAGUAGUCUUGGGCCGUGGAAAGCACUGUGCAGGGGCAAAAGGGCCGUUCCCAGUUUUUCGGUUGAGCGCUUGGCGUCGUCUUGGAGGGCGAGAAGGCUUCGGGCUGCUGUGGAUUCAUCGAUAACCGUCGGAAGUGAGGACCUACGGAAUUUGUCGUUGGAGCCUGCAGCACCACUUUGCAGAGCUGCAGGGGACAGUGCAGGCGUCAAGGGGCAGUCACCAGCAAAACCAGCGGCGGCUGCAUCCCCUCCCGUAUUUGACCUGCUGCUAGACGACAGAACUUUACGGCGCCUCAGCGAAAAGGAGUUCUUGGACGAUACUAUUAUCGAUUUCUGUCUGGGGUUUAUUGUUGACCAUAUUCUGACGCCGGAGGAGCGGGUGCGUGUGCAUAUUUCCAACACUUUUUUCCUCUCUGCCCUCAUGGAGCAGAGAUGCGAAAUGGAGGCGCACAGCCGCUUGACUCGAUGGCUAAAGAAAGAGCUCACGCCCCUGCCCAAGAAGGACUUUAUAUUUAUUCCUGUCCACCACAAGCACCAGCACUGGAGUCUUGCCGUAGUAGUUUACCCGUGGCGCGCCCUCAACCCCUCCCAAGCCAACACAGCUUGUGGGACUGUACGGAUACCUUCUGAAAAAUCUGUGUGUAAACCUGGGACCAGCAGGCCCUUGGGUGGUGUCCAACAGACUUACCCACUGGAUGUUUGUGCCCAUCAAGCUAGCUCCAAGGGGUCACCGAGAAGCCCUGAGGCAGGAAGGGUUGGGUCCUCUCCACUCGGGAAAUGCCGUGGGGCUGAUGCAGGGCAUGCACCGGCUUCCUUGAAGGCCCCUGGUACGCACGCACAAAGGCCGUCGUGUGAGAAGGCUCGGCUGUUUCACGUGGACUCCAUGGGUCUCCGGAGCGUCUUUGAUCGCUGCCGUGGCCGGCUCAAAAGGUUUUUGCGGCAAGAGUUCGAGCAUCGGUGUGGUGGUGAGCUGAAGAGCGGCGAGAGGGUGGAGCUGUGCACGGAUAGUUGCUGUUGGCACGAUGGCCAUAGCUGCACCUUGCACACACCACGCCAGCAGAAUGGGUACGAUUGUGGUGUGUUUGUAGUUGAGUAUGUGCAUUUUUUAACGCGCAACCUCAAUGCUAUCGAGACACUCCUUGUAGGCCCAUCGCGUGAUUGUCAGUCGCAUCGCUAUGCUCAACAGCCUGCAGCUUGCACGAUGACGUCUAGUACCUACGGGUUCCGUGGCCGUGCUGAUACUGCAGUUGAGAUGACUAGAAACAAGGGCAAAUUGCUCGAAGCUGCUUUAGGCUUCCACUGUCCAUGCAUGGAAGCUGGCUCUCCAGCGCAGAUGCCCCCAGAUGCCCGAUCAGCAUUUGGGCUACCUUACAAUUUGACAGCUCGUUUGAAUGAGCUGCGGCAGGCGCACACAGCACUACUUGGGUCCCCGAACACUCAAAACUCCAGGCAGCGCGCGCUGCUGCUCCAGACAGGCGUUCCUCUAACGCCACUCAGCGCGUCUCAGGGACAAAGCGCAACUCAGGAACUAACUCCCCAGCCAGAGACUGGGCUUCAUGGCGGCCAUCAUUUGACAGGACUCAUUCGGCUUCCAGACACUGAUGGGAUUGGGGAGUCAAAGCAAAGAUGCAUCAUGUGGGGCCCUUUACCGCUUUGCAUCAGCAAACGGCGGUCGUCCCACACGAAGUGGUUUUCACAGGACCGCGUUACUGAAAGGUGA